GUUUCGAUGUGUUGAUGGAUUUGGUAUGUUACAGAAUUAAUACGGGCCUUAUAUUUAGGAAGGCCCAUUAAGUAAAAUAAAAACAGUAAUGUUAUUAAGGUCUGUUACCAAACGUAUUCUCGGGGAUCAGAACUCGAUAGACUCGCCUGAGCUUGGUUUCCCCGAUCAACGCCGCAGUAUCACCACUGUCGCUCGCCGGAAGACGUACUAUUAGAAGCUUCGAGAUGUCUGAUUCCGAUAUGGACAUUGACGAUGACGAUGUCCAAGUACAGGUCAAUCAUACAAUCCCAAGAGAAUCUGAAUUGCUCGACAGACCAAUUGAAGCUUCCGAUUCCCGGAACGGAAUUCCUUUUGUUAAAAAGCAUUCAGAUGAGCAAUCAAAGGUCAUAGAUACAUGCGGUAGCUUCACGAAUUCUGGAAACAGUGGGAAGAAUAUUAUGCUGGAAGAUCAAAAAGGCACAAUUUUAUCAAGAUUUCCUGCUCCGGUUAUAAGGGCGGCGCAAAGCUUUCCGUCAGGGAUCGAACCAGAACAGAAACGUGCAGCUCAUCUCUGCAAGUUUUUCGCUAAAGGGUGGUGUACCAAAGGGAACUUCUGCAAGUUUCUUCAUGUGAACGAGACUUCGAAUAGCACAGGUCAACAACUGGCCGGAAAUAUUAUGGUUGGAACCAGUGGUCUCCCGUCUGUUGAAGAAAGAAGAACAUUGGAUACCAAAGAAGGUGUAAGAGUUUCCAUGUUAAGCCAAAACGGCGUGACGGCUUUGCAUACCAGAGGGGAUAUGUCUUUGGUGAACCCCCCAGGUGGUCAGAUAAUUUUCCCGUUCAAGAACGAGAUGAUCUUUAUGCCUUCAUCGGUAAACAUGGGUCUACAAAAGUGCGGUGCUGAUGUCACUGAGAACAGGUCUCUAUUUAUUAAUGACAGCAACAGCAAUUCCUUCGCGUUGAGAAGCAGCUUUCUUCACGAGCAUAGAUCUUCCCUCGCUUCCUUUAGAAAGCCAGACAUUGAAUCUUCUGGACCAGCCUGGACAGGAUCAUUGUUCAGUUCUGUUCCCAUGAAUCAGUAUGCUUCUACCUUGGGGCAUUUUGAAAAUAGGAGUAAUAUAUUUGGAUCUGGAUCACUUCCAAUGCUGCAAGGGACAUCUGGUUCACUUCCAACGCUGCAAGGGCCAUCUGGAUCACUUCCAAUGCCGCAAGGGACAGCUAUAUCACUUCCAAUUCCGCAAGGGACAUCUGGAUCACUUACAACGCUGCAAGGAACAUCUGUUUCAUCCGAUCGUGAUGCAGAAGGCAACACAACUAGCAAUAAGAAGAAAGUUUCUUCAAAUGAUUGGGAACCUUCUGAACCUUUUAAAGCGUCUUUCACAAUUCCACCUUAUAUACUUCCCUCCUCUGAUGCCCUCUACGAUCCUUUCACGGAUAAAGAGAAUCCAGAAGACAGAUCUCUUGAUGCUCCAUCGUCGAGUAAAGGAAAACAUGCACGGAGGAUUUCCCGCCACCAGAAAGAUGGUGAUUCUGGUAGUGGCCCUCAAGCACGGGAUUUCAAUAAUGAUGAUAAAAACAGUUCAUGCAGUCAAAAUCAAUACCAAGAAACUAUGGCGAGGAAGAAUCUGGAAGUAGUUGAAGGUGUGGCUACUUCGGUGGUUGAUCAAAACGAUGCAACAACACCUAGCAAAGAGAUUUCAUCUUCGGCGCCUGCAGAGAACAGAGUUGUUUUGAAAAGAAGCAAACCUGCAGGGCAUGAGUCUUGGCAUAGAAGUGAUGGGUCUUCACAUCAGAAGUUACUGAAAACAGAUGAGGUAGAUGGUGAAGUGAGGUCAGACGCAGGAAUGAAGGUAAUGAGACAGUUCCGGACUGCAGUUGUGGAAACCAUCAAAGAAAUGCUGAAACCGUUGUGGCGUGAGGGUCGUCUUACGAAAGAUGUGCAUAACAUGAUAGUUAAAAGAGCUGCUGAAAAGAUAGUCGGCGCUGCUGUCCAGUUCCAUCAGGUUCCGACUGAGACCGGAACAGUGGAGCAGUAUCUUAGUAUGUCUGCACCAAAAAUCGUGAAGCUUGUCGAGGUGCGUAUCUUCUUAAGACGCUUAAGCAGGGGUACGUCGAGAAGUACGCUAAACCCGAGAAGUACGGUAAACCUUAAGGUAUCAUCAAAUCAAACGUCACUUACAUCGGUGGCAUGAGCGCAAGUUGAUGAUAUUCUUGUAAAUUAUGUCAUCCUUCUUAUUAUCCUCAAGUUAGGACUUUAGCACCUAAUUUUUGAUAGAUCUCCAUUCUUAUCUUUUACCGAUAAUGGAAGAAGGUUGGAAACGGAGCUUCGUGGAGGAACUGUGUAUACAUUGUACAACUCUUGAAAGCUUGGUUUAUGCUUAGAAAGAUAAUUUGAUUAUGUUUCAUUGAUUGUGUAAUCUUAUAGAAAUAAUGUGAUUGAUAGAGAUGGGAUAUAUUUUAGUUAGUAGUCUGCUUUGGUGGUUGCUUCGAAAGCAGACGAAGGGGAAAAGGAGAAAGAAACGGAAUAAUGUUGAGAGGUACGUUAUUGUUCAUCUCGAUUCUGUUUCUUUGUUUGCAUAGAAAACUAGAUUUGUUAGUGAUUAGCUUUGUGGAAUUUAUAGAAUGUUUGUUCUAUUACUGGUAGAUGUUGGAAAUGUGUCUCGCAUAGGUUUCUAAGUCGUUUGUUUAUAGAAUAAUUGCAUAGGCUCAUCUCUCUUCGUUGCAGAAGAAAAGAAAAUAAUUAGAUUAGUAGAGUUCUUAAGGGUGGAUACUCUUUUGUCAAACAUGAAACGAUAACUCAAUUCUAACCAAAACUAUUUCAGAUAAGUUUGAUUUAGGUAGGUUAGAUUUUGAGUUUGAUUUGGUAACUAAUUAAGUUUAGUUACCAAUCACAUAAACAAUAACAACUUAACAAGUGGCCGUAUGAAGAGAGUGGUAAUUUCAUAUUUUAUGGUGUUGCUAUCUAAAAUAUCACUCAUCAUCUUACAUUAUAGAAGAGAUUCCCGCUGUUCCUAUAAUACUUUUCUAUAAAGCAGACUUAUUGAAGGGUCCCAUUUCAUGACUCCUUCGUCCUUAUCCAUAUUUCCAUCUCUAUCCACAUUAUUGCAUUUUUUAUUUUUCUAUUCCGACACUCCUCCCUCAAUGCCCUCUCCGGUUAUCACUCCCGGUUAUCUACAACAUUGAAGGUCUUUAUAGAACUGUCUAGAUUUGCAAGCAAACAAACAAAUUUACAGAAAAUAAUGUGCUACUAAAAAGGUUACUAAUGGCUCAACGGUGUGGAAGUACUAAGAUAUAUAGUAGUUGGAUUAACUAUCUAGAUAGGAAUGAAUGGGGAUGUAAUUGAAGAACAUAAUAAUAUUGGAAGAACUUGUACAGAAAUAGGAAAGGGAAAAUAAGAAGUGAGAAAUCAUAAAUUCAUUGUCUUAUGUGGAUAUGUUAGAAAUUAAACUGACGCAUAAUUGUGGCAGAAAAACCUUUUACAAAACUGAUUGUGUCAUAAAAUUUGGGCUUAAUACUGCUACAAAAAUACUGUGUGGGAACUGAUAACCCAGAAAAAAAGAAAUGUAAACUUAUAUGCUAUCUCUUUAGAUAAAUUCUACUUUAUGCAAAUACUCAAACUUCCUUAUGAUAUUUUUUUAUUCUAUACUGUUAGUACUUAUUUCUCUAGAUAUUUUAUAGGUGAAAAUGAAGAUAUUUUAUAGGUAUAGUUUUAACCAAGGGUCUAUAAAUGAGAUGAAGGACUCCCCGAGUAAAAUACAUCACACUUUACAUUUCUUGGCUACUAAAUUUACAAACAAACAUAAAAAGCAACGAAAGAGAAGAAAACAAAACAAGAUGUGGGAUGAAACUUUCGCUGGACCUAAGCCGGAGCAUGGUCUUGGCCGCCUCCGCAAAAAGAUCACCGCUCAACCUAUUGACAUCAAAGGUGUAGGAGAAGGGAGCAGCAGCAAGACUAUGCCGGCAGCGACGGCGGGGAGCCCCGGAACCCCGACGACGCCGGGAUCGGCACGUAAAGAAAACGUGUGGAGGAGUGUGUUUCAUCCAGGAAGCAACAUCGCCACCAAAGGAAGGGGCACUAACCUCUUCGACACGCCCUCUCACCCAAACUCUCCCACCGUCUACGACUGGUUGUACAGCGACGAUACUAAGAGCCAGCACCGUUGAACUGAGAAGAUAGAGUGACAUGCCCCGGUGAUGUAAACAAUCAUGUCUUCCGUUCGCCACGUGUUUUUUUUUUUUUUUGCUCUAGCAACUUUUUUGUUUCUUGUCUUGUUGUUAGUGACCGGUAGAACCAUCUGGGUGGGUUUUUAACGGUGGCGAUACGACCUCUUGUCUCUUGUAAUGUUUCUGGUCUACUGUUUUUGUGAUUUGAUAUAUUAAUUUAUUUUCUAGCGUCUAAUGAUCUUAACAUUUUACCUAAAAGAUGGAAUUAACUUAACCAUGAUCAGCAUGAUGGAAUUUAACUUAACUAAACUUAUGGUUGAUUAGUUGUGGGUCGCAUAUCAUUGUUUAAUUUCUUUAAUUGUGUUUCGAUGGUUGUUUUACGCUAUACUGCUUUGUUGUAUUUUAUAUAUAUAACAACCUGACACAACAGAAAAAUAAAGAUUAGCUAUCGUUUAUGAGUAAAAAAUAUAACAAAAGACAAAACCAAAUGCAUAAACAACGAAUUUAUCCCUUAUCUUCUUCUACUUCUACUUCAUAUCCAAAACACUUUUGAUCUCUUCGAAGGAGGGGUGGACAUUUUACCCGGAUCUGGAACCGAUCUGAAAAUAUCUGAUCCGAACCGAUCCGAAAAUAUCUGAUCCGAAUCGAUCUGGAUUUUAUACAAUAUUCGAUCGGGAGCAUUCUUCUUUGUACUUCGGGUACUGGGUAAUAUCCGAUCCGAUCCGAAAUAUUUGAAUAUCCGAUCUAAAUUUUUUUAUUUUAUUUUCCAACAAUAAUACAUCACUCAAUCCUGAUUUUGAAGCCAAAAACAUAGAAAAUAUCUAUUCACUCAAUCAUGAUGAGUAUUCAUUUUUCAUAUCUCAAAAUUUAGAAUCCUUUAAUUUUUUCUAUGCAGCCUAUGUUCCUUCCGAGACAUCAAAAAAUCAAUUUCGAUCUCAGAUAUAAAAUUUAUCACUUCAUUAAUUUCUUCUUAUGUAUAUGUUUGGUGAUUU